AAAUUGAGUGUUGAGCAACCGGCGCAGGGAACCUGUUUUCCUCUCUGCUGUGUUUAGAUUGGCAGUAGUGCAUUAGGAGUGAAGCUCUUCACAGUGCCGCUCGUCAGAGGGCGGCUCUUUGGCUGCUCUUUACGCAUCAUUAUAAAUGCUUAACUCCCUCCCUCCGCGCGCACUGUCCAGCUCCGCCGCCGCGAGCCCUCACUGUCUGGAUCUGUGCUAUAGAUAGACAGGUCUUCAUGCCACACGCCGACAGGUUGCAAAGGUUGAGAGUUUGAAUCCAGAGUGUUUUGUUUUUUGCCGUUUUAUCUUCUUCUUCUCCACGUUGUGUUUUUUGGGGUCUUUUUUUCUCCUCUGCUUGGAUACUCCUGACUUAGGCAUUGGAUAUGUGCACACAGGAUGGUGACAACCCCUUUCCUCCCCGUAGAAGUAAAAUAAAAUAGGCUUUCGCACAACAUUGGAUUUACUCCUGUCGUUCCAUAUGAAGAAGUCAAAAAGUUGGAUACGGAUUUGUGUCCAUUUACUGCUGUUCUUCAUUCUUGGGAUACAUUCAAGUAAAUUUGACGUCAACCCAGUGACAGAUGACAUCUCGAGACUCGCUGUUUUGAGACAAAAUAUUCCGAAAGAUUACAAAAUUCCUGUACAUUACGUAUCAAGAGAAGAGGGUGGGAUGUGUUGGGUAAAAUUAAACGUCUUCUACUUGGAGGAGAGUUUGAAAGAUUUAGCACACAAGUUUGGAAACAUUUCAUCCAACAGAAAAGAUAUUAGCAUAUUCGUUCAAAUGCUCCAAGAACUACGGCUCAACUUAGGGUCUGUGGAGCCGAUUAUGUACGACUUUGAGUGCCACUACCGCGAAGAGAGGUGGCAGACAGCGCGGUAUUUUGACUUUGUCAAAGACUUCCUUCUAGCUGCACAGAUUAGAGAAGAUUCAGACGACUGUGAGCCUCCUCCCUGUCCCACCACAUCAUACACAGAAACAACAGAAGCAUAUUUAACAGAAUCACCCACACCAAGCAGUCAAACCUCUGAGUGUCCAACAGGCUGCACUCCGCGUCAUGAACAGAGUACCCUGAAUCAGGUGGUGGAGCGAAGCCUUCUCUCCUUACUGUUCAUUCCACUCCUAGCUCUGGUAUUCCUGCUCGUGUGGAAGCUCCGGUCACGGAGGAACGGGGAAGACCUUGAACAGAAUCCUGGAGAAGGUGGACUUUUCACAGGAACAGAAGGGACUGCACCUCCUCUAAAUGCUGAAAUAUCAGAAAAGAACAAGUUGAACGUUAUUGAAACGGUGUAACACUUCUACCCUUCAAUGUUCUUCAGCAAAACUGGGCUCUACUCUCUUCUCCUGUUGUCCAACGGUGAUGAACACAAAGCUGAAUUCCAUAGUGAGAUAUCUGUACUAAAAGGCCUGUUCUUGACUGCUCUCCAGAUUUACGAUGGCAGAUAGACAAUAUGCCGUGAUUCUUCUGGUUAAACCACACCUGAUAGCAUGUGGAUAAGCUUGCUUUUCCCGAAAGACUGCAUUUUACCCCAUGCUUUCAAAAAGACUGAGUUUUUGGCAAAGAGAAACCCCCACACCACACCCCAAAACGGAUCCUCCGGCUUCAUGAAUCAACCACAACCUUGCUGCUUCAUGACUUCUUUUGGAGAGAACAUUGCUUACCGCUCAGCAAGUUGGUAAAGCCAGCUUCUGUUUGUUUGGGCCCACCAGUUCAUCUUCAUUGACGAGGCAGAAAGUGACUGACACUACUUAUCUCUGGAAUGAACCAAGGCACGAGUUACUACCUCCAGUGACCCUUACGUUAACCGCAUCCUCAACAACUCUACAGUCUCCUCUCAGUUCGGGGUUUCCCAAAGAAUAUAAUGUUGAACAUUGUAGUUCCAAGAUAUAGUCAUGUUGUCUGGUUUAGGCAUGUACCUGCAGAGGUGUAUGAUGUAUUUAUUUAUUGGCGGUGGCACUGAGCUGCUGCUUUCUAUACAACUGAAAUGUUUUAACCAACAUUUACAAGCACCUUUACUAAUGGGUCACAUAUAAAGAACAACUUCUAUACUAAUGCAUCAUGAACCCAAACACCCUACUCCUUGCCAAGUUAUAUUUCCUCCUAAGAUGUUCUCGUUGGCUUGUAUGACUCGGGGGAUUUACAUGUAAUGCAUUACAUAGAAGAACAAUCACUUAAAUACAAAUAUGCUGCUUUGACUUGCUUACAUUUAGACCACUUAAACAUGCAACCUGCUGGGAGACUUCCGUGGAUCCAGGAUGUUUCUUUGAAGACACGUUUUCAGAACAGAGGUGCCACACUCAUGUCAGACUUCUGUAGCAAAUGUUAGCAUUUGCUUUAUAACCAACAAGUUGAGAUAAGUACAACAAAUUGAAGGCAUUGCGGAGCUGUUACAGAAUUAAAUGUAGACCACAAUUCCUCAAAUUACUUAUAUUUCUAACAAGGCAAAACUCACAAUGAAGAAUUUUAAAAAACGUCAUACUAACUUCACUUGUGUCAAGCACCAGUUUGGAUAUUUGCAUGAUAAGCCUAUUAUAUAUAAUCAGAAGAAGCCAAUUGGCUGUUUAUCCAAAUUGACUUUAAAAUCUGAGAGUAAGUUGCACAGAUGCAGACUGAAAAGCUUAAACUGUGUCCCUGCCUCAAGGCUUCCACUGCGUUCAGCAAUGUUCAGUGUCCCUGCAGAUGUGUAGCUCCUUCUAUCACAACCUGUUAUCACUGCCCUGCCAACCACCCCCAGGGAACUAAAGUCUAUGGUGUCGCUGAUAGAUGUGAGGUAUGGAUGCAGCUAACUUUUUUUGACAAAAAAAUGUGUUUUAUACACAGAAAAGACAUAUUUAAGGCUUGUAUCAGGAUGAAAUUUAUAAGCAUCUUCAUGUUUUCCAUCUGCAAAUCUUACUACAUAGAAAAUGCCAUCCUCAGCAUCAAUUUUGCCUUAAAGUUGCGACAGGAUACAAUGUCAAUGGAAGUGCAAUGUCAUCUCCCUGUCAUGAAACCGUGUAACUUUCAAGGAGUGUGUUCUAAAGACGCAUGGUGAGUCUCAGCUAGGGUCAAAUCCAAACUGUUAAUAUGCCUUUAUGUAAAACAGGUAAACAGCUAAAGCAAAUGCAGAAGCUCUUGCACCCAUUGAAAUACUUAACCAGUGUGCCCCCCCCCUCCCCUCCCCUCCCCUUUCUCCCCUGGCUUAUCUUUCCUUGAUGCACUCUCUGAUCUGAUAAGUAAGCACCUGGAGGCCCUCCCUGAUAACACAGCCGAGCUGUGAGGAGAAAAAUGUAAGAUUUAAAACAUCUUAAGAGGGGGCUGACUCCUGCAAAGCCUUGCCACUUCAGAGUAAGGUAGAUUAAAAAUGGAUGAUAGGUUUCAAGAUGAUUAGGGAGAUUAUGUAACCAUCUGUUAAGAUGUAGGAGUGUGAACAGGGCACGCUGGUUGUGACCUUUCCCAUCAAGCCGCCAUGCUGCAUUUAGCUGACAACGACGAAGUGGCAGGACAUAAAAGCUAUUUCUGUAUCUAGUUUGAGUAUUUCUAUCAUGUCUGUGGUCUUACAUUGUACCAUGUCCAUGCUUGGUUUUGUGCCUUGUUUGAAUAGUGUGAUUGACUCUGUGUGUAAAUGUUGAAAGCCUGCAGAUUAAAAUUAUCUCACCACAAAAAAAAAAGCAACAACAGAAAAGAUAACAUCUCUCUCUGUCCUUUCUUGAGGAACUCAAACCUUGAUAGUUGACCUGUGCCCACUUAUAUUUCCUCUGAAUCAGUCUCCAGAGAAAGCAGUGCUGAAAACCCCCACAGGAGGAGAAAACUGCAGUGGUUGUGACAUUUCUCUCCACGCAUUACAUGUUAGCCUUUGUAACCUUUAGGAAACACUAACUCUGCUUGUUUCAUGUGUAUUUCGGACUGUGUGUUGGGAUUUUUCUUAUAGGAGACAAGAGUAUGUUGUGCAAAAUUGAAUCUGUGUUUAAGAAAAAAAAAGUAUACCACAUUGGUGUUCAUAUAGUUAAGAGCAACCGUACCUUUCAGCGUCAUUGGCUGGAAUUCUUUGGUGUGGUCAAGUAUUGUUUGUUGUGUUAAACUGCGAGAUACUAUCUUCAUUCAAACUUGCAUUUUUGAAGAACACUCUGUUAAUGGCUGCUUGUUCCCUGUGCUGCGAACUCAGUUUAAAGCUGACUCUGUGUUAGAUAAGAUAUACCACAUUGGUGUUCAUAUACGUUUAGCUGGAAUAUCUAAUAUUACUUGUGUGGUAAAGUACUAUAGUUGAAAGCUUUUAGCUGACUGUUUCUGUUCAAAAAUGCAUUUUUGAAUUACAAAGGCAGUUCAGACCUGAGACUCUCUUCAAUCAUCUUCAAUUUUGCUUCUCUACAUAAAGACUUUUACAUGCAAUGUCCAGUAUUCUGUCAGACACAAGCUAGUCUAGCAAAACAAAUACAUAAAAUACAUUUAAAAAUGACAAAUAAAGGUUAAACUAUGUCAAAAGUUGCUUUUAUACAUAGUAUAUAGAUAUCAUGAGCUGCAACAGGUCUAAGCUGUGAAAAAAAAAGAAAAAAAAAGAAACACAUGGUCUCCCAUUUUCCUGUCUAUAUGAGAGCCUCAAACAGUCUAAAUGUCUGAUGCAUGGACGCCAGAAGCUGACACAUUUCAUGCAUUAGUUGAGAGAAUGACCGCCCUUGAAUACUGUUAUUAUGUGGGUUGUUGUGUGGUCUGAGAUAAAGCAGAGCUGCAUUCUGAAUAGUGCUUUAGGGCUCGAGUGAUCAAACGCAUCACACGUUGAGGGUGAAUCAAAUGGCUCUGGGCAGGAAAGAAGUCUGGGUGCCAAAAAGCAAAUGUAAUUAUUGCCCAGUUGAUAUUCUGGGUGGAAACUCUACUGUAUUCUGUAUUUUUGUAUAAAUGUAAAGAAACAUAUAUGAGAUAUGAAUAAAGUACACGUAUCCAACUGUU